AUCAAAACCAUUUCGAAUCAGUUUGCAACGGGCGAACGCACGAUUAGGACGUAUUUCUGUUUCGUGAGAAAAACCGAAAUUGUUUCGAUCGAAGCAAAGUGUUUGCAGUGAAGUAGGAAAAAAAAGGACAAAACGAAAAAUUCGACGAAUUGUUUUUACAGUGAUUGAAAUAUUUGUCGGUGCAAAUCGAAUGAAAUUGAACUUGAACUGCUUUAUUUUGGUGGUUUCGUUUCGAAUAAUGAAAAGAAAAUAACGACACUUUUACGUGGGACCUAAUUUCACUAAUGUGAAUUGUUGAUGCUGCAAAAGAUUUCGGAAUUAAUUAACGUUUUGUUUUAUGCUGGCAUGUUAAAGCAAAAGCAGAAAAAACCAGUGGAAAAGAGAAUUGAAGGAACAGCAGCAGCAUCAUCAUCAGAGGUACUAAGCAUCAACCAAGUGAAUUUUAUAUAUGGAAAAUCCGUGUAGGAAAAUAAAAAAAACGAAUCCAGAGCGUGAAUCAAAUGGAAUUCUGAAUGUUGAUGCGCUUAGAGCACAUCGGACCACAAGUGAGAGGCCAAGUGUAAGAGUGGAAAACGAAGAAAGGGUUGUGUCUCUUGAAACCAAAGUGAAAAAUAAUUAUGCAUAACUGAAUUAAGUCUUGUCUCUGCGGAUUGCUCCACUGAUAUAUGCAUCCCAUUCGUUUCGGUGUGAAUAAUGACGAUACGGUUGCAUGUAUAUUAAUCUAAUGCAAUAUACAUGAUAAAAUAGGUAUAUCGAAAACAGUGCAAACAAACUCACUCAAAUUGAACAAGAGACGAAAGAGAAAAAAGGAAAAAAAACCAAAAACAGAAGAAAAAAACCGGUAUAUCUUGAAAACCAUAGCUUCACCGAACUUGAAUUAAAAUACAAGUGUGCUGAAAAGUAAAGAAAACAGAAAUAAAAACGUGGAGAAUUUGAUCUUGAGUAACCGCUCUCUGAUGAAAUUGAAUGUACCAAAAGCGUCGUGGAUUUAAAUAUUAUCAUUAGUAUUGUUAUUAAAAUAAUUUCGGUGCUUGAGUUCUCUCUGUCGGUGCAAAAGUUGAAGAGAAAACGUGGUGAACGACACGAGUUGAGUCGUGUGUUUUUCUCUUUUCACCAUCACUGGCGUGAGGUUCUCGACGACGAUAAAUUUUGCGAGUUGGCAAAUGCCAGUGAAUCAGUGUCUCUGUGCCUGUGUACAUUUGUGUGAAAUAUAGAGAAAAAGACGCCCGAGCUAAAGACAUUUCCCUGAACAUUGUGUUUUCAUAACGAGAACAGACCGACACACAUUCAUAUAGCUCCACAUACAAUUCGAAUGCGAACAGCAAUUUAAAAUUUGAAAUGCAAAUGUCUGCUGUAUAAACGGAUCUGGCAUCGUGCAAACAUACAGCAUACACCAAGUGAGCGAGAGAGAGAGAGAGAGAGUGUGGGAUAGAAAGAGACACCGAGUAAGAGAUUAUUAUUUGUCAUAUGAAAUAGCUUUAGUCGGCAAUCUGAUUCAGCACUAAGUCAAAAAUAUAGCAUUGCAACGUAAUCUCAGAUUAAAUUGAAGCUAUCACACGGUUGUGCGCUGAGGUGGAGAAACAACAACACACAUCCACUUCAUUCAUUGAAUCUGUUGAAUUUCAAAGGAGCAUCAAUAAUAGCAGCAGUACUCCACUUAAAAAGGCUAGACUAGACUUACGACCAUUUAAAAAGAAGACGAUAAAGAAACUCUUCACUAAUGGAUAGGAUCAUCUAACAAUCAUAACAACACUCAAUUCGACUGGCCACAGCACGAGCGCGCAGUUGUUGGCUUGCGACACAUCUGGUUUUUGGGCGAUAGCUGGUGUAAUGAAAAAUCCAUGUUGAAAUGAAAUAUUCAUCAAACCAAAUGACUAUAUCGCUGUCGUGUACACAACCAAUGCUGAUGAGAUUGCCGAUUGCUGCAUCGGACACCGAAAUCACAUUUGCAUUUUAGUGCAGAAAACAAAAUCAUAUGAUAAUUUUAAGUGAAAUGUUAACACAAAUAUGACGAUUUGGUAUGUCCGCAAUCGGCUAGAUCAGCCAAAAGCAACAAUAGCAAAUCAAAAACGGAACAAAUCGUUGCCAUUGUCAUCGUCAUCCAGCGCCAAAUCAUUUACGAGACAAGCAGUGGCAGCCAGAACAGCAGCAGCAGCCCAUCAAACUUGGCAUGUCAAAUGGCUGCGUAUGCAUGUGAUUGCAUUAAAGUUAUCACAUUGUUGGCGCUUAAUUUUAUAUGCAAUAAUCAUAAGUGAAAUUAGCCGAGCACCGCCCUAUGUCGAUGCGAACAAUGGCGCUGCCGUUGGAUCGCCACCAUCGAAAAUGCUACCAACGGCCGCCGCAUCAACGUGGCCAUCCAAUUUUUUCGAUGCAGAUCGGAUUCAGUGUCCCAGUUUUCACUUAAAUUCCGCUUGCCCGUGCUAUAAAUUUGAAGAUGGUCUUCAGCUUGAAUGCCCGCGAACAACGGAGACGGCAUUACGUACAACUCUUCAAAUCGUUAAAUCACCCAUUCAAACGCUAUCGUUGUACGAUUUCGAUCGAACGGCCACAUCAAUAUCGUCGGAUAUGUUCGUGAAUGGCAUCCAUAUACGCAAUUUGAAAUUUUCCAACACUCAACUGAGCAUGCUGAAGGACAAUAGUUUGCAGUAUUUACGUACAAUGCUGGAAACGCUUGCCAUAACUAACAGUAAAUUAAAUCAGAUACCAAGGAAUGCGCUGUCUGGCAUGGAAAAAUUAAUGGAGCUAGACUUCGAAUCGAACCGCAUUACGAGCAUCCACGAUUAUCUUUUUUAUGGGCUUCGCUUGGUCAAAUUAAAUAUGAAAGCUAAUGCACUGGAAAACAUACCGGAAUAUGCAUUUGCCGGUCUUGAAGAAUCACUCACGGAAAUCGAUUUAUCCGAGAAUAAAAUAAAAGCGUUUCCGUUGCGGUCACUUCGAAAAUUGAAUCGGCUGCGCUCGUUGCGGCUCACAUCCAACGAAAUGUCGACCAUGUUCAAGGGUAAUCGAUCGAUACUGAUGCCAUCGUUGAUGUACCUAUUUCUCGAUCUCAACCGUUUCACCGAAAUUGAAUCCGAUGCAUUUGCCAUGUUCCCAAACAUAUCCACAUUGUCGCUGUUCAACAAUGGCAUUAUGCACAUAGCCGACAAUGCAUUUGAUUCAUUGGUGGCAUUGAAAUCGCUCGAUUUAAGCCGCAAUAAUAUCAGGCAUUUGGACAAAAACCUAUUUAAAUCGAACCUUGCAUUGCACUCAUGCGAUUUGAGCAACAAUCAUUUGCAUUCGAUUGCCGGUCUGUUUGUCGGUUUGCCCGAAAUUCAAGAUAUUUUCAUAUCCGAUAAUAAUAUACUCGACCUGCCCGUCGAUACAUUCACCAAUUCCACGAAUAUUAAAAUGAUUUAUUUGGAAAACAACGCAAUUCGCCGUGUCGACGAGAGCGUAUUCAGUACGUUGGUCAAUUUAGAGCAACUGUAUUUGGGCUCAAAUUUCAUUACGCACAUACCGCAAUCGCUGUUCAACCAAACGGAAAAGCUAAUUUCGUUGAGCCUCGACCGUAACAACAUACGUGAUCUUAAGCCCGGCCUGUUUGAUGUAACAAAAGGCUUACGCGAAAUUCAUUUGCGCUACAAUAAAAUUCGCACCAUACGCAGGCAGGUAUUUUACUCGUUACCCGAACUGAUUGAAUUGCAGCUGCAGAAUAAUUCGAUUACAACGAUUGAGGAGGAUGCAUUUGACAGUUUGAAAAAGCUGCAACACAUAAGUUUACAGCAAAAUCAAUUAACAACGUUACCACGAAUAUUUCCGGCUGACUCGACCUCGUUGCUGUCCCUUGAAAUUGAUAAAAAUUACAUUGUUGACAUUCACAAUGAAACGUUUCAGGCCAUGGCGAAUGUGUACGUUUUGUGGUUGAAUCAUAAUCAACUCACCAAAUUGGACCGUAGCCUAUUCAAAGAUAUGCCACAAUUGGAGCGACUACACUUGUAUAACAAUCGCAUUGCAAACAUUGCGGUGAACACAUGGAAUGAAAUGGAAAAUCUUCGUUACAUUGAUAUGCAUGCGAAUCGGCUGCAGAGCGUUAAACGUGGCAUUUGGCAAAAUUUGAAAUCACUGGAAGAGUUGAAUUUGGCUGCAAACGAAAUCACCGAAAUACAAACGAAAGCGUUUGUCAAUUUAAAAAAAUUGAAUCGCUUGGAUUUGUCGAAUAAUCCAAUAGUAACAUUGACACGCAACACAUUCGCCGCUGACAUUGCAUACUUGAAUCUACAGAAUUGCUCGUUGACACAAAUCAAUGCGGGCACUUUUAAUGGCUUGCAUAAUUUGAUCGAAUUGAAUUUGGAAAAUAAUAAUUUAACGCUUGACAUCGUACGGCAAUUGGAUGUGCCCAGCGUGCGUACGCUUCGUUUGUCACACAACAAUUUCACCAUUGCCACGGAUAUGGUGUUCGAUAAGAUGCCAAUGCUUGAAACGCUUUUAAUGGAAAAUUGUCAUUUUCAACACCUGCCCGAAAUGAUUUUCCGGCAUAAUUUGAAUUUAGUGCGAUUGGAUGUUAGCUACAAUAUGCUCAAGACAUUCGAACCGACCACAUUCUAUGGCCUGAACAAUUUCAAAGAAUUACAUUUCAGGCGAAAUCUAUUUAGUGAUUUACCGUACGCUGCCUUACACAACAUAUCCACACUGGAAACGUUGUCGUUGUCGCAUAAUAUUUUGACAACGCUCGACUUUCUUAAGCUCAACGGUUUACCAAAUUUACGGCAUUUAAGUGCGAACGAUAAUGUGCUAUCGUCGGUGGGUGGCUUUGGUGCCGUUAAUUUAAGCCGAUUGAUAUCGGUCGAUCUGAGUGGAAACAUUCUAAUGGAUUUACCGAAAAACUUUUUGCAAAAUUCAAUUGCACUGGAGCGCAUUGAUUUAGCAUCGAAUCGAUUUCCGCAUAUACCAUUCAUUGGCAGUUCGAGUGUCAGCAGCAUUAGCGGCGGUGGUUCUAUGGACGAUGUACUAUCACAAUUGAAUUGGCUGAAUUUAUCAGGUAAUCCGUUUGCCAGCAGUAUUCAUGAUGCAGAAAAUCUGGAAACACCGUCGACAACAACACGUUACAUCAUACCACAUUUGAAUGAGCUACACAUCAGCCAUACAAAUCUAACGGCGAUCAGUAGCUCCGAUUUCGAUGGCUAUUUCACAUUACAGCAUCUCCAUUUGAUGCAGAAUCGUUUGCAGCGCAUCGCAUCGUAUGCAUUCAAAAAAUUGCAUAAUCUUUUAACAUUAGACAUUAGCGUAAACGAAUUGGAGCGCUUGCCAAGAGAAUGUUUGCACGGUUUGGUGCAGCUGAGGCGCUUGAAUCUAUCAACGAAUCGUCUUCAUGUGUUGGACGAAUUUACCAUUGAAUUAGCAUAUUUAGAAUCAUUAGAUAUUUCAUACAAUCAAUUGGAGCGCAUCGAUCGGAAUACACUUCAAAACUUGCACGAGCUACGUGAAUUGCGACUGGCCGGCAAUCGUAUUGCAUCGGUUAUCGUUGACAGUUUUCGCUUUCUCAACAGUUUAACAUUGUUGGACAUGCGAGAGAAUCAAUUCCAACAGCUACCAUUGGAGGUGCUCAAUUUUCUGGAGACUCAUUUGCAAACAUUGCAAUUGGAACAUAAUCCGUAUAAUUGCUCCUGUGAAUCGCAGACACACUGGGAUUGGAUUAAAGAUCAUCAGAAAAUUAUGCAUUCGACAGAGCGAUUUAUCAAAUGCGAUAGUCCGAUAUCCUUGAAACAUCGGCCGUUUGCCACCGUUACACCCGAAGAAUUUUGCCCGUUAAUCACUGAAGUGACAAUCGAUGACAUUCAACGGUAUUCAAUGAAUGUGUCGUGGCAACAUCGAGAGCAUGACGGACUUAGUGGCUUCGAAAUAUUCUAUCAAGCCGUCGAGGGCGGUGGUGUUGAUGAUGCUGAGCUACUGCCAAUGCACGUCAACGCAUUCGAACGUUCGGCCAAAUUGAAUGUUCUAUCGCCGGGCACAGUAUAUCGCAUCUGUGUAAUUGGACUAGGAAAUCGCCUAUCGUCGGCCAUGACAAUGUACUACGUCUCAAAUAUGGUGGCCGAUAAUAAUUUGGUAAAUCAAUUUAGUGAUAAACUGGUAUCGGCCAUCGACGAACCAUUUGCUGCUGGAUUUGACGUGGAUGAUUCGGAAAAUAUGCUACAUACCAUUGAAAAUAAAACGGAGGCAAUUUACUGGGAGUUUAGGCAUGGUCUAAUGAAAUCGAAAAUUGAUACACCGAUUUCACGGUGCAUUGAAGCACAAACAUUAGUUGCGGAACCCGUUCAAAUCACCGAAGAAAACCGAUUAACCGACGGCGGACUGUUACACUCGUUACUCACCAGACGUCUUGGUCUUAUCGUUGGCUGUUGUCUUGGUAUCUUUGUAUUCAUUAUCAUUGUAUCGAUACUGGGCUGGUUGAAAUUGAAAAAGCGACGACUUGAAAAUGCAAAACGUCGUGAACAGCAACUUAACCAAGCCGAACAGCUAAAUUAUCAGCAUCUAAAUCAUCCUGAACUAAAUCAGACACAAUUGUUGCCGCCGCCACCCGAUUACAACAACACAUCGUAUCGGCAAUUCACAACGAUACCGUAUACCGAUUGUGAUGCACGCGACAAUUGCAAUCAGCACCUGAUGCAUCCGCCGCCGCCGCCACCAAAUUGUAUAUCGGGCACGGUGAUCGGCACAACAAACAUCGCUUGCUAACAUGCAUAGAUACGACAAUUAUACACAGCUCAUUUCACAUCACCGAUUCAUUUGCAUAUAUUGCUUUGCUGUAGUUAGGUAUCGUUUUCGUCGGCUUGUUUCCUUCGUUGUUGUUUUUUCUUUUUUCUUUUCUCAUGGAUAAAUAAUGCGAUUGUUUGACUACAACAAUCUACAUAUUCUAAUUACCCGGAUCCGUGGGCAGAUGACGACGUGAGUGAAAUCUAUUUGAAUAUUGGCGAACAAAAAAUUGUGUCUAAAAAUAAAUAGUCCAUUCGCUUCGUUUUCCUUGUCCAUUUCUAUUGAUAUUUCUAUUUCGAGGAACAAAACCAAACUUUAUUCGAAUUCCGAAGAGCAACUUUAUAAUCACUUUACAUAAACAUUCAGUGAGAGUUUCAUCAUGACAUCGAUACACAUUCACCUUAAGCCCAAAACGACGUGGUGGAAGUUUGCUCAAACAAAUACACGAAGAAAAACCGAAACGAAUGCAAAAAAAAAGAAUGAGGGAAAAAAAGAGAAAUUGAUGUCCUGAUAAACAACAAGUUCAACAACAAGACAAUAUUGUUUAAACAGCUCUUGGAUUUUUAUUCCCUGCCUGUGUUCGGUUCUAUUCUGUUGUUCGUCUGGGUGUGGAAAACUUUUUACACGCUUUUGGGAUGAUGGUUAUCAAAAGAUAUCGAAUAUUGCAAAGCCUACACGACAUUACAAACAUGCCGGCGUCCGAUCGGAACAAUACCCAGUAACAACUGGCGAAUGUAUCACCGAGAGAAAGGCACCGAUGGUGACACAAGAUAAAAUCAAAAUUGAUGAUGAUUAGCGCGUCACAGCUGUCACCCUAAUGUAAACGGUCCGGUGAUUCCCUUCCUCCAAUUCCCAUUCAAAAUGGCUCUGGCCCGGAAUAAAAGCGACAGGUAAAAAAAACGAAUAAUCAUUAUAAUCCGCUUUAAACAUCGGACCUAUCUGAUUUGCCAUGCUAUUGAAAAUCAGUGAGAGACACACACAGAUAGAGUAUCUAACCACUUUCUUGCGUAUACACCGGCAUAGACUUGAUCUGAAACAUCAUAAUUUCCAUGGUAUUUUCAAUUUAUUAACCACUUUGAUUCGGGCAGUGCAGGUGAAUUCCGUGUUACCACCAAAUUCAUCUCCAUUUUUUUUUUCCGGCACGAUUUAAUAUUUGAAAAUUCCAUACGAAAAUCACAAAUCACAUUGACGUUGAGGCUUUUGCGUGUGCAGUUCACACUUGUGUGAAUAUGUGUGGCGCAGAUGUGCAAGUGGAAAAAUAAUUGAUUAAAAUUGAAUUUUUAAUGUUUACAUCUAUUACGGAAUAUUUUGCGAUUUUCGAAACCCACACGAAGCACAAUGCUUCAUACAUAAUGCAAUAGAUAUUAAAUUGUUGAACAAUUUUGCCAAUUAAACGCAUUCGUAGAAGGAGACAAAAAACUGCGUUCAUUCUCUCACUUCCACUCACACACACACACACACACACACACACAUCGUGUCGGCCGCGGUCGCUCGCAUUCAAUGAACAUAAUAAUAUUUCGAUUAUGAUGCCAGCGAACAGUGUAUACCAGCCAUAAAUAAUUAAAAUCAACUUAACUGCAUUUACUUCAAUAGCAUACACAGUUACACACUCACAAAAGCCGAACUCAAUAUAAACAAUAAAAAAACAUUCACACACACAGCUAAUGAUAACGAAUGGGGAGCCAUUUUUCAACCAGGUUUUUAACCAAUUGGUUAAUUAAAAACAUUAAUUUACAUGUAAAAUAAUGAUAUUAUUAAUGUAUAGGAUAUUAAAAUAGGGUACGCAAUUGUUUGUGCUUGCUCUCUCACCAAAUUGAAAGCGUCGAAUGGAAAAUGGGUGAGAAUGAACGAACGAAUGGGUGAGAGAGUGCGAGAGAGUUUUCAAAAGUUUCAAAAAUGUUGCGUCUGACCUCUCAGCACCUUUUGUAUGUGCAUUGUGCAGUGGCUAGGGCAUUAUUUUAUUGAAGGCUCGACAACAACAACAACAAAAUAAUAAUAAAUUCUGUAUAAAUCCAAUAAAUUCCGGCUCACCAAAUGGUUGUGUUUGGACGCAGCACACACACACACACAACGCGUAAAUAAACAAACAAACAAUAUGAUGCAAAUCAAAAUUAAAUUGAAGCUAAUUUACCAAAUAAUUACAAUUAGAGAGGGAACACAUCCUUGAACCAACCAAUCCAAAAAAAAAUGAUGUAUAAUGAUGAGUAAUUUAUUGCCCAUAUAUAGAUGAUAAAAGAACAACAACAAAUAAUUAAACCUAAACAUAUAAACGAUGAAUUUUAUUUAAACCAUUUUAUUUGAGAGAGAUAGAACACCAUUAAAAAAUGGUCAACCAUUCAUAUCGUAUAGGCAAAUUUUUUUGUUCGUCUACUCCAAAAAACGGGAAAAAUAAAUUUUUAGUGGAGAAAAGUGAGUCAAAUUUCCGGUUUAGAACAAAUUCAAAUCGAAUUGAAUUGGAAAUGAAUAAAGUUGAGAAGUCAAAGAGGCGCUUCCAUGGAUACACACACACACACACACACAAGAAAGAACACGGAAGUUUGAGCUUUUCUUUGAAAGUGGAAAUUUGAGCUUGGAAUUUCUUUAUAUAUAAAGAGAUGGCACAUUUCACUUUUGAUAUAGUAUAUCCGUUAUAAAUCAAAUGAUUCGAAUCCAGAAAUAUUAUUGGAAUUUGUGUGAAAUACAUGAUGCAUUUCUCACUCUCCCUCCCACACACAAACACAAAAUAAACACACUUGUAUACUCGUUAUUCUGACCAUAUGCUCCCAUAUGGUAUACUGUAAAAUAACCGCCUCAAACUACAUAAAGUGAGGCUACACACAAUCCCAUUGAAUUUUGUGUAUGUUGUAGUGCGACGCAAAACAAGUCAAAACCAUCAAAAAUGUUAUAUAAUAAUCAAUCACAAUUACAAUACCUAUAGGUAUGAUUAUAGAUUUAAGAGAGGAAAAUUUUUCUAAGGAAUUCGUUUAAUUUUAAAUAUCCAUUGUUUUUUAUUUGUCGUUCAAAAAAAAAGCCAUUUAUUUCAAGUUUUGCCUAGUUAAUUGAAUAAUUUUUUUAAAAGCAGAUAAACUUAACGUUUUAAAUAUAAAUUACAAUAAAAACCAAAAAAAUUAAAUAAAUAUCUAUAUUAUAUGAUGUAAGAAAGAGAAAAAAAGUUUAAAUCAAAGGAAAUCAAAAUUGUACAUAACAACAAAAAAAGGAACAGAAAAAAGAGAUGAAAAAUUAUAUUGUAGGUAUUUGUAAAAUUACUAACGUAGAUUGUUUCAAGUGGCUGCGAGUAUAAUAAUUGAUGGAAAAAAAUGGCAAACACUCUAUUGUCAGACAAUGAACGAAUUAACGAAUGAACGAAUAAAUUGAUGAACGAAAUGCAAAUACACUUAUCAGAAAAAUGAGAUACGAUCUCAAUCACUCACCCAUACACAAACACACUCACACUCACAAACUCACUUAAUAGAGUCAGAGGGGAAAAAAUUUGACCAGAGAUGCAAAUAAAACA